AUGCCCAUUCGCUCAUCAUGGAGAGGAGAGAAGGCUCGCCGAUGCCACUAUUUUGGUACAACAUGUGCCGAGUUCCAAAAAGAUGGUUGUAUGAAGGGUGAUUCGUCUGGGUUCGCUCACGAUGUUUUCGAGUGCUGGCUUCAUCCUGCCUGGUCAUAUUUAUCAAGGAUCCCUAUUUUUAGGAGAGAUAUGAAGGUUUUCGAUGUUCCCUCUGUAACCGUCAUUAAGCGCAUCUCAUUGAAAUCCAAUUUCCUUCCAUCAACAACCCUUAAUUCAUCUAAACAAGAAACAAAAGAGCCCAUAACCUCACCUGACUUAUUAUCUCAAGAUGAUAAUAAUACCUUCAAAGAUAACUCUUCAACUCUGAGGUUCAUUCAGCGAAAAUUCAGAAUUCAUUCUCUUCCUGUUUCCGAACCUCUUAAAUUCCUUGCCAAACAUGCUAGUUACAUCCCGCUUCCAGAUACUACAGAUGAAAGGAUGUUCUACUUCUUCUUUCAUUCACGUAAUGACAAGACCAAUGACCCAUUUAUACUAUGGUUGAGCGGAGGACCUGGAGCUAGUGGUAGUGCUGCACUAUUUUAUGAAAAUGGUCCAUUUACUCUUCAAGAUGACUUCUCUCUUGUUGAGAAUGCAUAUAGCUGGGACAAGAUGUCGAAUAUUCUAUUUGUUGAUCAACCUAUGGGAACAGGUUAUAGUCACAUAAGUAAUGAUAAUGAUUUGAGACACGAUUUAAAUAGGGUCAUCAAUGAUUUGUACAUCUUCUUGCAGGAAUUCUUUAAGGUGCAUCAUGAUUUUUCUCAAAAUGAUUUCUUCAUAAUCGGCCAAAGUUAUGCUGGGCACUAUGCUCCUGCUCUAGCUGCUCGGAUAGAAAGUGGAAAUAACUAUGCGGGGAGGAUUCAUAUAAAACUCAAGGGAAUUGCUAUUGGUAAUGGACAUACAAAUCCUAAAAUUCAAUAUCCAACAAUACCGGAAUAUGCGAAGUCUCAUGAUAUAAUUACAGAAGAGCAUGACUCGUUUGUAAAAAAUCUCAUUCCACGUUGCGAAUCUUCUAUAGUGGCUUGUGAAAAGGGUAAUGAAGAAACAGGUGAUGAAGAUCCAUGUGCCAAUGCAUUCGACUAUUGUUCUCAAAUAAUUAAAUGGAUUCGUAAAUUUGCUCCACGCAAAAAUUUUGGAAACAUUGGAAAGGAUCGUGACGGUCCCUCUGACAACGAUUUUUCGACCUUGGAUGAGUUUCUUAAUGCACCAUCCAUAAAAAGAGAUCUAAGCGUAGGAACAGAACGAUUUGUUUCUUUGAACCCUAAGGUAUUUAGUGCAAUGAAGAGAGAAUAUAUGAAGAAUCUUGAUUAUAAAAUUGCUGGUUUACUUGAAGAUCAAGAGCGAAGAAUCAAGGUCCUUAUCUACGUGGGAGAUCAAGAUCUUAUAAACAACUUCAUUGGAAAUGAGAGGUGGGUUACCCAAAUGGUUUGGUAUGGUAAAGAAGAGUUUAAUAGAGAUUCUUCGGAAGUUGAUUUUGUUGUUGAUGGUAUGCCUGCGGGAUCUAUGAGAAAAUACGGUCCUCUCACUUUCAUUAAGGUUUCACAAGCUGGUCACAUGGUUCCAAUGGAUCAACCAAGAAUUGCUUUCAAGAUGAUACAAAAUUGGAUGCAAACAGAAAUAAAUGAAUAA